AUGUCGUUCCCGGUGCCGCCGCUGAACGACCGCAAGAGAGUCAAGGUCUACGAGCUGCGGAACAACGACUGGUUCGACCGGGGGACGGGCUUCUGCACCGGCCAGAUAACAGACGAUGAGCCGAAGAUACUGGUGCAGUCGGAGGACCAGCCGGAUCGCAUGCUGCUGGAGACUCGCAUCUCGCGCGAGGACGGAUACCAGAAGCAGCAGGAAACACUGAUAGUAUGGACCGAGCAGAACGGGACAGACAUGGCGCUGAGCUUCCAGGAGGCAGAGGGCUGCGGAGUGAUAUGGGAUUUCGUGCGCCAUGUUCAGCAGCAGCUCGCUCCCCUCGGGGCUGACGACUCGCUGUCCGACGACGCCAUGGACGGCCUCCCCAGCGCUAUCAUGCUCCCGCCGCCAGACCUCACAAACCUCGCAGAGAUCGAACACCUCAUCGUAGGCGCCAGUGCUACCCAGCCAGGUAGAGACGCCAUCGCCCGCUUCGUCAUCCAGGAACAGUACAUCCUCAAGCUGCUUCCCCUGGUCGCCGUCGCCGAAGACCUCGAGGGGCUCGCAGACCUGCACCGCCUCUGCAACAUCAUGAAGGCCCUCAUCCUGCUCAACGACAACACCAUCAUCGAACAGGUCGUCUCCGAUCCCGUCAUCUCCGCCGUCGUCGGCGCCCUCGAGUACGACCCAGACUUCCCCACCCACAAGGCAAACCACCGCCAGUACCUCAACGACCGCUCCCGCUACAAGGAAGUAGUCCCCAUCAAAGAUCCCAUCAUCCUGCGCAAGAUACGCCACACCUGGCGCCUGCAGUACCUCAAAGACGUAGUCCUCGCCCGCAUCCUCGACGACCCUACCUUCUCCGUCCUCAACUCCCUCAUCUUCUUCAACCAGGUCGACAUCGUCCAGCACCUGCAGACAAACACCGCCUUCCUCUGCGAACUCUUCUCCCUCUUCGCCCCCGAGUCCCCGCCCGCCGAUGCUCGCAAACGUGAAGACGCCGUCCAGUUCCUCCACCAGUGCAUGAGCAUUGCGAAGAACCUCCAGGCCCAGUCCCGCGGGAACCUGUUUGCAAACCUGAUCAACCACGGCCUGUUUUCAGUCAUUGCUUUCGCCGUCAAACAUCCUACUCCCGCCCUCAGAACUACCGGCAUCGAUAUUCUAGUCGUCCUGCUCGACCAUGACCCCAUCACCAUGCGCGGAUACAUGCUCAAGGCCUUUACCGACAAGAAGGUCUCGUUGACAGACACCCUCAUCGACCUGCUACAUUCCGAGGCAGACCUGGGCGUCAAGAACCAGCUGGCCGACGCUCUCAAGGUCUUGCUGGAUCCACAACCGCAGAUGCAAGAGUUGCGCUCUGGAGAGGUAGUAAAGAUGCGUCAGGGCCAGCAGGGCGGCCAGGGCCAGGCUCAGAUACAACCACACCCUGUUGCUGACGCUUUCAUGCAGAACCACUUCGACAGCUCCGCCAAGAGGCUCUUUGCUCCCCUGACUCACCUCGCCGAACAAGAAGACCUCUCCGGAUUGUCGUUCCAACAGGUGUCGUUAUUCGCUCACCUAGUCGAGAUUCUCACCUUCUUCGUCCGCCAGCAUCCCAUCCGCAGCCGCUCCUUCAUCCGCGAAGAAUCCCUCAUCCCGCGAGUCGCCCAGCUCUUCACCGUCACCCAGAAACACCUCAAACUAAUGGCAUUGAAAUUCUUCCGCACCCUCGUCAGCCUCCACGACACCUUCUACCACGCACAACUCACCCACAACAACACCUUCGACCUCAUCCUCAACAUCGUCUACGAAACCAUGCCCCGCGACAACCUCCUCAACUCCGCCUGCCUCGACCUCUUCGAAUUCAUCAAACGCGAAAACAUCAAGCCCAUCAUCGGCCAUGUCGUCGAACGUUACCGCGAAAAGAUCCAGAACAUCACCUACGUAGAUACCUUCCAGAACCUGAUCCUGCGCUACGACCAGAUGCAAGGGUACGGAACCAACGCUGCCACCGGUGCUGAAAGCAGUGAUGCAGCAAGCACCGUGUUCAGCCAGGACGAAGCCUCGUCAACGCCCACACGCAUGAUCAUCAGUGGCGGCGCCCAACGCUGGGGUGCAAUGGGUGUUCGCGACUUGACCGCCGCGGAGGAGGAGUACUUUGAGACCUCAGAUGAUGAGGAAGACGAGGUUAAGCCCGAAAAUAUAAACUCCGGCACCCCCAAUGGCACCCCCAGCAAGCCGCUUGUCGAUUACCCUGAUGACGACGACGACGACGAUGACGCCAUGGACGAGCAGGAUGCAAGUGCGCAAACACCGCAGCUGCAGGGACAAGAGCAAGAGCAACAACAGCAACAGCAGCAACAGCAGAAAAUCGAGCGGUUCUCGUUUUCUGAAAAGCGUCGUCGAGAAGAGGAUGAUGACGACGAUGAACUUAUCAAGCUCUCCUCAGGCUCCAAGCGGCGCAACUCGGUCAACCCAUCAAACUCCGUCUCACCCCUAUUCCAGCGUGGUAAUGGGAAUGGAAACGGCAGUUUACGAACGAAAAAGGGCCAGGGGCGGAGUCCAAGCGCGAGUCCGAGUCCCAGCCCGAACUCGAAAGGCAACGGAGCUGAGAAAGAUGGUUCAAAGGAGCCACAGACACCCGGGAAGAAGAUUGCAAUUACGCUGAAUGUCUCGCCUUCUACACGGAUAGCGCUCAAGAGUCAGAAUCAGAGUCAGGAGAACUCAACCGGUUCCAAUUCGGAGUCAAAGCCGGAGCCAGCCGGGGAGAAACAUACCGACGGUGCAGGAAUAGUUGAUAACACCACAAAAUCAACUACUGCAGCCGUAAGUGAUGGCAGUGGUGCUGAUACUGGCUCAGCCGAUAGCGGAGGAGGUGGUUCACAAGAUAGCACGGAGCAUAAUGAGCCUCUUCCUGACACUGCCAGUGCCAGUGCCAGUGCCACUCCAACAACCACGACUACGCCAGUAGCAGCCACAGCCACAGCGAGCUAA